AUGAGGACAUGUCCGAUCCUGAUAUCUGAGAUAAUCAGUGGACCGGCUCUAGAGACAAAUUCGUCGUUGUGUAUGACGGCUGGGGAUUAUGAAGUCGUGGUUUUCAAUUACCAGCAUUUCUUCAACCCUUUGGGUCGCGGUGAGAUCGAACUCGUCACCCUUUGGACCGUAGACAGGUAUAGAGCCUGUUGCUUUACGGCACGUCAUAACUAUCAAUGUUGAUCCUGAUUAGUGAAGACAGAAAAAUUAAUUCACACGUGGGCAAGUUCAGAACUGAAUAAGCCCAGGAAGAGAGAUGGCUUCAAUAAAAACUUUAUGAGCAGGGUUUGAAGAAUGUAAUAAUCCCAUAUUUAAAGCAUUUCUAAGCUUUUACGCAAACUUGAUAUUGAACAAAAGAAGCUGUAACUUUUUUUUUGUUUCUAUUGAAUGACUUGGAAAAAGUUAUGUCAACGGAUACACUGUCAAGUAUCUUUUCAUAACUUUUUAAAACUGGUUUGAGGACACAUAAUGGUGUAGGAUCUGAUUUUUUCGCGUUUCCAACGAAGCAAGUUUCAUUUUUUCUAGUUAUCAAUUAGAAUGAAAGCGUGUUUGCAUUACAUCAAGAGAAUCCAGCCUACUAAUCGAUUGAUUUUUGAGCAAUGAUGAAAAAUUACAAGACUAAUACCGUAAAAUAAAAAAUUCAUGUGAUUUUCAGUUAAAUCUAAUCUACAAAAGAUCUCCUACUAUGAUGAAUUAUUUUUUUUUCAUUGCUCUUUUUCCUGUGUGAUUCUUAGCUCUUGUCCCAAAAAAACUGCCAUGAAAGUUUGGAAAAAGUCAAGAAAAGAAAAUUUUUUUGAGACCGGGUUGCCAUGUUGAGCCUCCCAAUUUUUACUUUCCUUCUAAUUUAUUGUCACACGAGUGAAAACAACGCAAAAAAUUCAAGAAAAACUUCUUUCUGCCCCUAAAAACCAUGCUUCCUCGUUUUCUUCUUACUUUUUUCAUAUUAUUAUUAUUUGCUAAAAUUUACAAUACAUCGACGUAUAUUAUCAUCAAGGGGGUCUUUUCCGGUUGCAGUUCCGAUGCGCAAUAUUCAGACAUUAAUUCUGAAGAGGAUUGCAGAAUGUUGUGCGAAAAGAAAAGAGGAUGUUGGGUUGGUUUUUGGAAAAUUUCGGGAUUUCAUUUGGAAUAUGACUGGAUAUGGAAAUUACUUCAUAAGGGUUUUUCUUGAAUCAAAAACCUACUCUUGAUUUGAAAAAAGCCUCAGGCGAGGGAAAAAAAGCUCCCAAACGGCGGGUCGCAUAUAUGGGCCUCUUUUUUGGAAAGACUAGAAAACAUAUCAACGCAGGGCUUUUCUUACAACACCGUCUGCAACCUGUUCAACGCCACCACCGACAGCGUCAAGGUUGACAGGGGAGAUUCCGGCGACGUCAUCUGGCUGAUGAUCAACUACAACCUGACGAAGUGCGGUCCUUUGGAAGAUAUCGAAAUGGUUCGUAAAAUUCCGAAUAUUUUAACAAGGAAAGUCGUUCACUUUGCGGUCGAAAACUAAAGAGGACAAAGAAAAUUUUUUACCUUCCACCACACCUUUCAAAAGCCAGCUUCAAGGCUUCUGGCAGGCGUUUUCAAAUGUUUACCUUUCAGCCUUCUGCUGGUUACCUUCUCAUCACCAGGUAGUUUGAAGGUUAAAAAAUGAAAAUACCUGACAGAAGCCUAACAGCUGGCUCCUGGAAGGUGAUUAGAGAUGUUGGGAAAGUAUUUUGAAAGGAUUUUCCCUCUUGCUGGAAAGCUUCCUAACGCCUGCCGAAAAACAGAAAGCAGAAGCUGUGUCCACAAUGUCGCGUGCAAGCAACGUGUAUGCAGACGACGCCGUUGCUUUGAAAUCCCCAAGCAAGCAAAAAGAACGGCAUCUGCAUACACGUCGGUUACACGUGACGGCGCAUUGCGGGCAGACGCCGAUUGAGCGGCGCUUGUCCUACACUCUCCAAAUCCGUAAAUGUGAUCCAUUUUUCGACGUUGAGUCUCGAAAGUUGGGAGGUUGUAAUGGUUUUGACCCACUGGUGAAUCGGGAGGUCGAUACAAGUAGAUACCGGGUAGCAAAUCAAGUCAAUCGGUGGCCAUUUGUAUGCGACCAGGUACUAUCUCUAUCGUACCUGGAUAGUACCUGGUUGGUAUCUGGAUGCUACCGGGUGGGUAUCUAAAUUUCGCGAUUGCUACUGGCUUCCACAUCGGUCGCUUAUACCGUCAGUGUUUUCUUAAACGUUCUCAAGCCUUCCAGGGUCUUAUUGAAUAAAGCUGAAACAAAAAAUAACGACCCGGGGAGCAAUUUCACACUUUCCGGUAGCAAGCGCGAACGUCAGGUAGUUACUUGCAUCGACCUCCGACCCAGGUAUCAUAGAGAUAGUACCCGGUCGCAUACAAACCACCGAUUACCAUACGCUGAUUGACUUUUUUAAAAGUUGCUGCCCGGUAGCUAUUUGUAUUCAGCUAUGCUCAAAGAAUUUUCGUGUGGUUCAUCAAGGGAUAUUCUCGCCCGUCGUUAUCCUUUCCUCGUUUCCUUGUGAAAUGUGAACCUCAGCUCUGGUCGACGCCUUAUUGUCAACAGUACCUGACCUGCGGCUCUUCUUCACCAAUGUUUCAAUGGAAAAUGGACGUUGAUGGCAUAAGAUACAGGUUUUCAGACCGCUUUUGAUGGGAUUAGAUCUUUUUAGCACAACCAAGAAGACCAACACUUCGUUCAAAUGCGGCGCCAUUUGCUCUUCAAGUACUCCAUGCUCCAAGGGAAUGCUAUUAUAUCGGGACAAGAUGUACGGAGAUACUGUUUGCUUGUCCGAAAAUUCUCCAGUUUUUGACUGA